UCCCGCAUUUCGCUUCAUUAGCACCUCUAUCCUUUAACAAAAACAAAGAGUAAAAGGGAGAACCUCGAUGCUCUAUGACUGCAGAGCAGCGCCUCUCUAUCCCAUGGCGUCUCUAUGAUAGGCGUAGGCCCGAUGCUGUCGGAUUACCACCCCCAUCAUCCCUGGUGGCCAAGCCGAUGGAGGAGUCGUAGUCCGGCAGCACUAGCAGAACCGCAGGUCCACACACCCCGCUCCGUGGCAGGAAAAUAAAUAAAUGAAAAUUAAACAUGCUAAUAUUUAUUUCCUAUCUCUAUGGUGCUUCCCCCCGGCGCGUCCCGAUGACGCCAUCGAAAGGGCGCCGACACGCGCGCCGUUGCGGGACCCGCCGUUGACGCCGCCUCCGCGGUUCGCCUUUCCCGACGCCCGCGAUGGCUGCCGUGGAGACGCCGCCCGCUGCCGCGCCGGCUGCCUCUCGCAAGCGGCGGCCCAAAGCGCAGUACCUGCAGGCGGCCAAACGGGCCCGGCCCGGCGGCUCCCGCCAGCUGGAGCCUGGCAUGUGCGGCAUCCUCAUAACCUGCAACAUGAACGAGCGCAAGUGCGUGGCCGAAGCCUACAGCCUGCUGGGCGAGUAUGGCGAGCAGCUCUACGGGCCCGAGCAGUUCACAGAUCAAGAUGAGAGCAGACUGUCAGGAAAUGAGGACGACGACGACGAUGCUGAAGCUGCAUUGAAAAAAGAAGUGGAUCAGAUUCGCACCUCGACAGAGCAGAAGCUGCGACGCUUCCAGUCGGUGGAGAGCGGUGCCAACAAUGUAGUUUUCAUUAGGACGCUGGGUGUAGAGCCUGAGAAGUUGGUGCACCACAUCCUGCAGGACAUGAAAGCGACCAAGAAGAAGAAGACUAGAGUCAUCUUGCGCAUGUUGCCUGUUUCGGGCACCUGCAAAGCUUUCCUGGAGGACAUGAAACAAUAUUCAGAGACCUUCUUUGAACCUUGGUUUAAAAGUCCCCGUAAAGGCACUUUUCAGAUUGUUUACAAGGCUCGAAAUAACAGUCACCUGAGCCGGGAAGAAGUCAUCAAAGAACUGGCAGGAGUCGUUGGCCAUCUCAACCCAGAAAACAAAGUUGAUCUGAGCAACCCCGAGUUCACCAUCGUGGUGGGCAUCAUAAAGAACAUCUGCUGCUUGAGUGUGGUGAAGGACUACAUUCUGUUCAGGAAGUACAACCUCCAGGAAGUGGUGAAGAGCAAGGAAGGGGAAGGGCAGCAGGAUGCUUCCAAAGUGUCCCAAGAGGGGGGCCUGGAUGGGGAAAAACCAACUGAGGAGAAAGUGGAGGAGAAGACUGAGGUGGCAGAGGCCAGCGACAAUCACAAGGACUAGGACCAUUCAUGAAACUUACUGGGGGAGAGACUCUGAAGGAUGGCUGUCAAUGAAUUGGGUGUGGGUGUGCUUCAUUUGUCUUUUAUAGCUCUAUGGCAGUUAGGCUGUUUAGCCAAGCCACCAAUCUGCACAAAUCGAGGAGGAACACCAAACUAAAUGUUGCCACAGACUAGUAAGCAAGGGAACAGCCUGGAGCUUGCAAACAGGAGAACAGAGCUCUCUGAUCAGAAGCCACAGCCAAACCAAGAGCUCCCCUCUCCUGAUUGCAAGCUCCAGGGUGUUCCCUUGCUUCCUAGUCUUUGGUAACAGUAGUUGGGUGUUCCUCCUCGAUUUGUGCAGAUUGGUGGUUACAGCCAACCAGAGUUUGACCCCAAACCUGGAUUUGAACACAUGGCUUGAAAUGGGUUUCCAGUUCUGGAGAGGGAGUCAGAGCAUACAAAGGAAGAGUUGAGAGCUGGUGAGCCCCAAGGCAGGACCCUGACAGUCACACUGUGCUUUAGAUAUGAAAUCUGAACCAAGCCUCUAGCUCCAGUCCAGCAAAUGUGAGUCUCUGUAAAAAUGUCAACGAGAGAGGUGAAACUCAAAGCAUACCAAGGCUUGAGUUCCUUUUGACAAUGAGAUUUUGGCCUAAUUUUGCUGAAUCACCCCCCCCCCCCUUCAUCAACAUUAACUGCUACUUAAAAGGCGCUAUUUCUCACUUGCUGUUGGUGUUAAAUCCAGACACAGGCAGCGUCUCUUGUAUGGUUGUUUACAGACAAAUAACACUAUCUGUGUGGGUUCUUGCUGCCUUGUUUGGUAACAACUGUUGGUCAAUAUAGGGCAAGCAUGCUAUCUUCAAGCCAAUGAACUGAUGCAAGCCAUAAUCAGAUUUUCACACUGGCCUGGCCAUGGCUACAUGCUUCAGAUUUCUAAACUAUUGUGAAUCCAGAGUUGAUUCAGGAUCUGGGACAAACACUUCCUAAAACCAUAGCAGUGUGCGGUGGAGAGGGAGCAGGGUGUUUUUUUUAAUGCCUAAAAAAAUACAAGUUUUAUAAAAACCUCGUGGGUAGUAUAUAGCUUAUGUGUUGGUAGGGAUUUAUUAGCAGCUAGAUUAGGGAUGGGGAACCUGUGGCCCUGCAACUUUUGCUGGACUACAGCUCCCAUCAUCUCUGACUAUGAUCGGCCACAUGGGCUGGGGCUGAUGGGAGCUGGAGUCCAGGAAAUACUUGGAGGGCCACAGUCACACCCCCCCCAACCCUGAAGUAGACAAAAGAUCUGAGAGUAAGUUGAGAGAGAAAUGAAACUGUAUUGAAUAUGUUUGCAGAGAUUGGGAAUAAUCCUUUUGGAGUUGUUUCCACAGGCAAGGUGGGCAACCUUUAGCUUAUGUGUCUGGCAGCUAACAGACCAACACAGUUCUCCACCAUCUCUGCCAAUGGGCGCAUUGUGUCCUCCUCCUAGACCUGGUGGGUUCUAGUCACCUUGUGCCAAGCAGCGUGUUGGUGAAUGUUGCUUAAUGAACCCACAUACAGGGUAAGGUAAGGCGAGUUUGCUCCUGGAGGAUGUUGUAGCCAGAUAAUCCAGCAUGGGUGAUUGCCUUUCCUAAGCAAAAUCCUUUUCUGAAGAUUGAGAAAGGAGGGACAGGAGAAGCAUAGAUGCCAGUGGUCUCACAAGCAGGGCCACACAACUCUGGCCUUUGACUGAUGAAGAGCAUGUCUGUAUGAAAGGCUCUUCUGUUCCACUGCAGGCCUGGUUUCCCGGUGGAGCCCCAUAACACCCGGGUUCCCAGUUCCCAACUCCCAUCAAUGCCAGCAUGGAAGCUGCAGUCCCAGCAACACCUGGAGGGUCAAAGGUUUCCCAACCUGGCUUCAGAUACAUAGUAUGCCCCCUCCCUGAAGCACGCACAUAGGUGGAAUGCUGCAGCGAUACCUCAUCUAACCCUUGAAAACUAGGAGAGCUGGCCAUGGUAGUCUCACAUUCUUCUCUGUAGCCUAUGGAAAAGAGCAGCACCAGUGUCUUGCAUUUAUGAGCAAAGGGCUGCCCCACAGCAGCCAGUGUGGGGUUGCUGCAUCUACUUUUCCAUUAACACUGGGUCACACUGUUAAACUAGAGGUGGGAAGUUUAAAGGGGAAUGCCUUCCCUCCAUUUAGCGGGCAGUUGUGACCCUAGAGAUACGGCCUUGUGGCCCAUUUGUGGGAAGGAUCUGCCACUGCUUUUCUGUCUUGGGCCAUAAAAUUUGCCUCCCAGGCUCCCGUUUCUGGCCCCAUCAGAAAAUUGGUAGAGUCAGCUCUCUGUCACAUAUACUUCCAGGCGGUUUCAGGGCGCUUGCUCCCAGAGCAACAAAAUCCUUGGCUGAGCAGCUGAAAGGUGAGGGCUGUGAGCAGACAGAAACUUGCACCUCUUUUGGUUGUUAGGGGAAGAAAUUAUUAUAGGCCUGGGAAAGUGACAAAAUAGGCCUGGAGUGAGACACCAGAGCAUUAGUUCUGCUGGGGAACUACAAAAAGCAUUUUUUUGCGGGGAGUGGGGGUAUUUUCUCUAAGAUUGAAGGUGUUGUAUGGGGCUUGGGAAGGGUUCUUUAUUAAAUUGGGUCUUGCAGUGUCAUUUUAAACUUCGUUUUUUAAAACAAGUUGCCUGCAUGAGUUUGGCUUUAGUUUUGAUUUGGAAUUUCCUUCUCAGAAAAGAAUCCUUGUAGUAGAAGAACAUCUGAGACAGGUUAAAAAAAUAAUGAUUCUGUUUUGUAUAUUGUCUUGUUUUUGUACAUUUUUUUUUAUUAAACUGAUUUUGUUUCAGUUUGAA